CGAGUGGCAUGGCUUCACAAACUCACAAGUGAACGGUUCGACCGCUACAACAUAGACGUUAACAGUACCAGCAAAUCAACAUAUUACGAAAAUUCAUUACUACAUUUUAUUUAAGAGCCGGUUUUUAGUUUUUUUAGUUAAAAGUUAAGAGACGGUAUAAACCGAUUCUUAAUUUUUUUAGUUAAAAGUUAAGAGACGGGUUCUUAUAUUCCGCUAAGAUCAUGUUUAUCGGUAGUCUUUUAUCACAAUUUUCUAGAAUAAAAUUAUUAAAAUAAAUGAAAAUUAAGAAAGAGAAAGCUAAAAGGUUCUUAGUUAAGCAAUUUAAAAAACGUUUCUAGUUCUGAGAUAUAUAUGUGUCAUAUAUUAAUUGGUUCUAUUCUAUAAUGAAAAAUGAAAAAUAAAUAAAUUUAUAUAAUAUUAAUUUUUCUUUAUUUAAGAACCUCUAACACGUUUUCAGAGAUAAACAUGCUUUAAAAAAACUCAUCCUAAAAAUCUUCAUUAAUCAUACUCUGAGUAUUUUUGCUUUUUUGUCAGGCUUAUGUCAAUCGACUCAAUUGUAAUAAACCAAAAGUGUUUUUAGGAAAUUUCCUUCAUUUACAUUCCUCUCUAUUGAUUGUUUUUUUUUUUCCUUUGUUAUUCCAAGAAGAGUUAGGCUUUUUGGACUUAAUCUCUCUCUCUCCAAAACCAAUCUUUAGCUGUAAAUAGAAACAGUGGCUGAGCUAAGUUUAAGUUUUACAUGGGUCAAUAUUCAUUUAAUAUAUAGUUAAAAUGAUAUAUGAGAGAGUUGAACUCAAGACAUAGGGUCAUAAAAGAAGAUCUUUACCAACAGACCACAACAAUUAGUGUGAUAUUAGUCUAUAAGACCAUCUUUGGUGUAUUUUCCUAUUUUUAUCUCUAAAAUAUAUCAAUUCUAAAAUUGAAAUGUGUUUCUUUUCAAUGUAUUCUUCUAUUUUCAGCUCUAAAAUAAAUAUUCUCAAAAAUAUUUUAUUUAAAUUUUGAAACAAAUAUUUUAAAUUUAUGAAAGUUGAUAAUUAAUCUUAUGUAUUUUUAACUUUUACAAAUUUCAUAAGUUAUGAUUUUGUUUUAAGUAAUGUUUUUGUAAAAGACUAUUACAUAAAUACAAGUGUGAUUCUAUGUUUAUAAAAACCGUGUUUCUAAAAACAGUUGUUUUGGUUAUAACUAUAAAAGUUCUAAAAAGUAGUGAACUAUCUUAUAAAUAAAAAGUAUGACUCUUUAAUAGAAGAAUGUUAUUUUUGCUUCCAUAUUUAGAAGAAAAAAUAGUAAUUUUUAUUUUAAAAGAAAAAUAAAAAUGGAUUGGAACAUCUUUUCUUCUACUAUAACAUUUAGAAGUGGAAAUAGCAAUUGGUUGUAGAUAUUCUAAAGUGACUCGGCCACUGAACAGAAACAUGUUUAAUCUAUUUAUUUUUUUCACCGAGUUCACUCGACUUAGGAACGAAAUAAGGCUGACCCAUGUGCUUAACCACUAGGCCACGCACAUCGGUGAUUUAGGGUAUGACUAGCGGUUGCGGUUGAGGGAGUUUGCGGAUGCGUGUAGUUGUGAUUUCAAGCGGUCUUAAGAGAUUUGUACAACUGGUUCUGCGGUUAGAAAUUGGUGCGUUUGCGGGAUAUUUAUGACUGGCUAACUACCAAAUGCAACAACGGUUAGAUAAUAAAUCAACAAUAUUUACAUUUUAUAUAAUUAUAAAAAUAUUAAAAAUAAUAAUAUUAUAAUAAAUAUAAAAAUUAUAUUAAAAAAGUUAUAGUUUUAAAAUUUUAAAAAUUAUAGAAAAUAAUUUUUAUUUUUAGAAUUUUAUAAUAUUAAUUAAAAUAUAAUAGAUAUAUUUUAGUAUUUAAAAUUUUUAUUUAAUAUUUUAUUUUUGUAUUUAUACUUAUCUUCCCGCAACCGUAAACGCUAACUGGAACAGCUUUUGAAUUUAUGAGGUUUAGAACGGUUUAGAACGGUUUUGAUGAUUGUUGUAAAAAAAUAACAACCAACCGCUACAAACCGCAAAAGCUGCGUUUGCCGAUGGUAUCGAGAAAACCAGUCAUAUCCUUAAUGAUUGUUUUUUUUGGCAACUCUAGUUGUAUUGAUGUUUUUAAUAUAUUUUGUGUAUAUAUAAAAAUAACUAGUUUAAAGCAAUUUUGAUUUAUUUGACGGUUGAGAUUAAAAAAGAACUUUUUAUCAAUAGAUUAAUAGGAUAAUGCUAAAUUAAUAUCAAACCUUGUAUAUAUUGUGCGGACGUCACGUGACGAAGAGUAACUUCAACGUCAUUGGUCUUAAGAAGGAAACAAAAAAAUGAACGAAAGUGAAAAACAAAUAGGACAUAGCAAUAACCGAAAGCAGAGAAGGAACAUUGAAGUGAACUAAUGGAAGAUUAUGUCUCAAAAAUGAAGAACACAAAAAUAAUAAAUGCCACUUUGCUCUUUCUCCAUCAUACUUCCACCACCCUUCUUGCCUACAAGUUAGGCAUUUUCUUCCUUUUUAACUCAUUUUCCUUUGUGCACAAAAUAAAACUCAUAUCCUUUUGUCUUUAUUAUAUAAAAAUCAAUUCCAUAACCAACUCAAUCUAGACAUAUUUAACUUAAUCAUAUGUAGAAGCAAGCUUGUGUUAUAGUGUGAGAGCACUAUUUUAAGCUGACUAUAUCUCUAUAUAUUUUACAAGUGUUUUCUGGAAAUGAUAUUCCGAUCAUUUAUUAUUAUUUUAUAUUUAAAUGUGGGUUUAGUGAUUGACAAGGACGGCUUAGAGCAUGGAGAAAGGGAACAUGGACUCUGGGGUUCAAACAGUUUUUAACAAAAUUAAUAUUAAAAAAGGUCUAAAUUUUUGAAAAAUAAUUGGGAAUAUGAACCCAAAAUUUUUAAAUUGUCUAUAGAUACAUGUAAAGUUAAAUAAUUUUUUUUCCCCAAAGGUUCAUUAAUACCUUAACUCGGCCCUGGUGAUUAAGGUUUAGUGGUUAGGAAAGGUUUAGAGUUUUGAAUAAUUUAGUUAUUAAUCUUUCAGUUAGUACUAUUUUGAAAAAAAAUCUCUUUGUAUGCUAUCUUUGUCAUAAUUUGUAUGCUAUCUAAAUAAUUUGCCUUUUGAAAUAUAACAAAUAGGUGUCGAAUACAUCGAGAAUGAGCUAAUUAUGUUGUUUGAAAAAUUCAUCAUGGUCGAUUAUUAUUAAGUUAACUUGGAAAGUGAGAAACCCAAGAGGAAUGUGGGGGCACAAUAAGAAAACAAUACAAAAGAGUUAAAUACGCAUGCAAGCAUGCAAAUACAAAUACAAAUUAAUGGCUUCAAGAAGUAAUUAUAUGUUUAUAAUCUCUAAACCCACAACAUAUAAUCUAUUGGGGCAGGUUUCACUGAGUUCUUGGGAUUGCAAUUCCUUUUAGUUUAAUAUUAUAGGAGUAAUUUGUUAUCACACGUAUAUAAGUAUAUACUUCAUAGAAUGGGGUUAACUGUCCACGGAAAACAACAUUUAAAUAGCUAACUGAAUAAUAUAGCUAUUUAGUUCCAUAGUCCAUACUAUUGAAUAAGCUGUGGAGCGUACCAUUUCAUAACUAAAAUCUUCAGUAUAUUAUCGUAUUGUGUUAUCUAUCAUUGUAUUGGAUUAUUAUUUGUAUAUUAUACAAUGCGUGCUCUUUUUGCAGAUAUAUGUGGAGUAGAUGCAUGGCCGUGAGUUAUAUAUCCCUUAUCCACAUGAACAAGGAUAUGUGUAAAACAAAAAAAAAAAGGGUAGGGGAAAGGUAUGAAAAUACUCUAUGUUUGAUGCUUAGAACAAAGAGAUAGAAUAAGGAGUUUGACUACAUAGGGAGAGUGAAUGAGAGCACGGAGAAUAAAAACCAUAACUCGAUUACUUUGUGUUUCGUAUUUCAAUCAUCAAGCACAGUGCUCCAUAACCACAACCAGACAUUAUCAUCACUAAGAGUUUACAAUACAUAUAUAUAUAUAUGUGUGUGUGUGUGUGUGUGCAUAUGUUACAUAUCCGCCCAUCACUUGAUCAAACUUUCAUUUAAAUAUUAGGGAGAUAAAGUAAAUUAUGUUUGGACCCAUCUUUUUGUCCAGAAUCCAGAUAUAUGUAGACAAAUGAUAGUGAAAUUCUGAUUUCUAAUUUCAUCUUCAAAAAUGAAAAUUUUGUUUUGUUUCUUAUAAAAGGGAAUCAAAAAGUGAAGCAGCUUUAUAUCUAAUCAGUUUAUUUAAGAGAAAUUCCCUAGGAUAUCAUUUUUUAAAUUUUUUUCACAGAAAUAACAUUUUUUUAGUAACCUCACAAAAAUAACCUUCAAUGAAGAAAAUGACCAAAGUAAGUUUUAUUAAAAGGUAAAAAUAUAUUUACCGUAGGAUUAACUAAUCUAGACUUAAGGUUUAGAGUUAAUGGAUAGAGUUUUGGGGAUAAAGUUUCAAAUUUUAAAAAAUAAAAAAUUAAAAUUAAAAUUUUCAAGGACUAUUUUUAUGACAAAAACUUAAAAAAUGCUAUUUGAAAGAAUUGCUCUUUAUUUAAUCUAAAGAUGUUUCCUUUGUCACUUCAUUCUUUUUAACACAACAAAUUUAGAUAUCAUUAUGAGUGUGAUUGGUAAACAAGAAAAAUAAAUGAGAAUAAAUAAAAUAAAGUAAAUGAAAAGAAAAUAUAAAAGGUGGAAAAUGACAAAAGCAACAGUAAUCAGCGUUAAUAUAUUUUACCUGCCAAACCAAGAGAAAAGUUUAGAGUAUUUUUUCCACUUUAUCAACAACACCAAGAGUAAAAGUAAAAAAAAAUGAUUUUUGUCAUAAUUUAGCAAAAAAAAAAGAAACUGAAAAGAAAAGAAAAAUUUAUUAAUUUUUCAUCAUAUUUUACAUUGAGCUUUUUUCGUUAGGUUCUUAGAUUUACUUACAUUAAGUCUUUGAUUUGUCUUAUUUUCUUAAACACUAACGAUUUCAUUAAUUCAUUCAUGGAAAUAUACAAAGUGAGAUACAAUGUUAAGAUACAUAUGCCGGUAGAUCGUAGACCUCCAGAGACAAAACCCCAAACACAUGAAAACUAAAGCUUCAACACAGAGAGACAAUGACCAAAGAACCGAUCUUUACUAAGCUAGGUAACCAAAAGACCCAACACUCUGAAUAGCUUCAACACAAAUCAGAUAAAAUGGAACAAUAAAAUAAGCUUGAGAAGAGCUAAAUCCUCGCUCAAUCUACUGACAAAAAGGAAAAAAAAACGAAAACACUAUUUACUACUUUCAUCGAAAAGCCAAAGAAACCGAAACUGACCAAGUCUUCAAAAGGAUAUGGACCAUGCUCUUCUACAUGACCAAAGCAAUCAAGAACCAGAACCCAUACCUCGUCCAUACAUUUAGAUUAACAGAUCACCAAAAAAACUUGAAACCGAGGGUAAGAGGCAAUGAUGAAACAUCCAAAGAUCUAGGAUGAAGACGAACAAAUCACACACCACAAAAGCGAAACCUGCAUAAUCAAACAUCAAAGAUCUAUAAAAAAGAAAGCCUCGAAAAAUCCAAGAUUUGGCUUUAAUAACUCUUCUUCACGGAUCCAAGCUGAACCGAGAAAAACCAAAAUGAAAGAGGUCAAAAAAUUCAGUAGAACAAAGAUCGGUUCGAUUAUAACUCUAAUAUAAAAAAGAAAUAGAACACCGAGGUUCGAAAGCCAUUGAACUGGUCGAAGACAUAAAAAUGAUUUGAUCAGCCUUUAUUUUCUGAUUAAAAAAAGAUUAUUAAAACUCGUGCUACAGAUUUAAUGUAUCUCUUAUAUGUACUCCUUUUUGUAUUAUGUAACUAUUUUUAUGUUAAACAUCUCUCAUAUGUAAUCUUUCAUUAUUACUAUACCAAUUUCUUAUUUAGUUUAUGUUAUUUAAUACAACUUUCAACCAAAGUUCUCUAAACAUCUAUACCAUUUUGAUUUUUUUGGUUCCAGAAUCAUUGGAGUUAGUUAUUAGAUAUCAAAGAUGUUUCAUACAGUACUUUUAUGUUUAGAAAAUAGUCAAAAAAGGAAAUGAGGAAAGCUAAUAAAACAAAAAAAUAAAGGGAAGAGAAAAAACAAAUAACGAGAAACAAAAGGAAAUGGUCCACGCGUGCCAACAUGAAUUGUAAGUGCUGGUGGAUGCAACGCGCGCGCUUAAUUUUCUCACGUGAAAAAUUUCCGAAAAUACAAAGAAAACUAUUUAAUAAAAAUAUUGAAAUUUUUCCAAGAAUAAAUAAAUAAGCAUGACGAGAAGACGCACUCUGUAUUUAUAAUGCUUCUUCUUUGACAUUUGUACGGUGUGUACCACUCUCGUUUAUGAAGCAAACCCAAAAACUAUUUUUAACUUUCUGUUUUCUUUGGGGCAAAUAGAUUAGAUUUUUCUUUGCUUAAUCAAUGGAAGUGAACACUGAAACCAUGCAAAAGUCAAAGUUUGGAAGAAUCUGUGUGUUCUGUGGAAGCAGCCAAGGCAAGAAGAGUAGUUACCAAGAUGCUGCUGUGGAUUUAGGCAACGAAUUGGUUUCAAGGAACAUUGAUCUAGUGUAUGGAGGUGGAAGCAUAGGUUUGAUGGGUUUGGUUUCACAAGCUGUUCAUGACGGUGGCCGUCAUGUUAUUGGAGUUAUUCCCAAGACACUCAUGCCUAGAGAGUUGACCGGUGAAACAGUAGGAGAAGUAAGAGCAGUUGCAGAUAUGCAUCAAAGAAAAGCAGAGAUGGCUAGACACUCUGAUGCUUUUAUUGCCUUACCAGGUGGGUAUGGAACACUUGAAGAACUGUUGGAGGUCAUAACAUGGGCCCAACUUGGGAUACAUGACAAACCGGUGGGUUUGCUUAAUGUUGAUGGAUACUACAACUCUUUGCUCUCUUUCAUUGACAAAGCUGUUGAGGAAGGAUUCAUCAGUCCCAAUGCACGCCAGAUCAUAAUCUCUGCACCCAGUGCUAAGGAGCUUGUAAAGAAGCUUGAGGAGUAUUCACCUUGCCAUGAAAGGGUUGCAUCUAAGCUUUGCUGGGAGAUUGAGCGGAUUGGCUACUCCUCUGAAGACUGAGGAUCGUUAUAAUCGUAUAACUAUAAUUAUUGAAUGUCAGGAGAUUUCAAGAUAGAUCUUACUUUCAGGAAGUAAACAGGUUUUUAAGAUCUUAGAAACUUUUGAUUAGGAGGUGUAAACUGAAAAUUUCCACUUAGGGAGAAAAAUAUUUUGUGAAAAUUUUAUUACUUCUCUUUAACUCUGAAAUGUUUAUGUUUCAAUGAAUCAUGUUCCUCUGUAACUUAACUAAUGAAGUUAAAUGUUUUUGGC